AUGUCCACGACCACAUGUUUGCUGAAGACGAAGACGAAGACGAAGCGCCUCUCAAAGGCGACGCAGCAGACGCCCGCCACGUCACCCCCGUCGCUCAACACGCCCCAUUCCCCGCGGCUCAUCCCGGCGACCACCUCCAGAAUUAAAGGUGCGGCACCACCACCAGCAGCCGCUGCUGCGUCCUCUACAACAGACUCGACACCCUCUUCGUUAUCGAACGCCAAUUUAGCCGCCACGGCGCCAGCCCCAGCACCGCCUCCACCCGUGGCCGCUCACGACGCAGAACGGCCGCGCCGUUCCUACGCACCGACAAGUGCAGCUAUCAGCGAGCAGCUCGCCUCACUGCGACGGGAGCUGCUUGAAACGCGGAUGCAGCUGGCCAAAGCAGAGGAAACCAACGCGGGGCUCUACGAGGGCGUGCUCGCACGGCUCGCCGAAACAGACCGAGCGGCUCUCCUCACCGCGUCGAGCCUCCGCUACACCGGCAUGGCGCUGCGAGCCGCGCACGACAACUUAGAAGUGGAGCUACGGCGUCUUCUCACGAUAGGUCUAACGGCGGAGGAAGUAGACGCAGCGGCCAUCGAGGCAGGCGCGCGACAGUAUGUGCGGCAGAACAUUGGUUACCACACCGAGCACGUUGCGGUGGAGCCGCCCGCCGUGCCGGACAUGGCAAGAGGAAUGGAGAGGAACGAGCGCAGAGACGCGCUGAGCGGUUUCGCAAAGUCACCGCAGUGA